AUGGCGUCCGUGAGGCAGUGGUGGCGCCGCGCUGCUGCGGCCCUGAAGGACAGGAGGAGCUUGCUCCUGGCGCGCGUGCGGCCGCGCAGGGCCGGGUCGUGGCACAAACGGGAGCUGGAGGCGGCCGUGAUCCGGGCGACGAGCCACGAGGACCGGGGGAUGGACUACCGGAGCGCUGCGCGGGUGUUCGCGUGGGCGCGCACGUCGCCGUCAUUCCUGCGUCCCGUCAUGUGGGCGCUGGCGCGCCGCGCGAGGCGGACGCGGUGCUGGGUCGUGGCGCUCAAGGCGCUCAUGAUCGCGCACGGCCUGCUCCUCCGCUCGGGCCUCGCGCCGCCCGCGGCUAGCGCCGGGCGCGUCCCCUUCGAGCUCGCUGACUUCCGGGACCGCUCUUCGUCGCGGGUCAAGUCCGUGGCCUUCUCCGCCUUCGUGCGCGCGUAUUUCCGCUUCCUCGACUACCGCUCCCUCUUCGCCGCACAAGAAGACAUCGACGGUGACGACACCGGUUGCAGCUCCGACUACCAAACGGCCUGGCUCGACCGGAUAGCGAAGCAACAGUUCCUGCUCGAGUUGCUCCUGCAAAUCCGCCCGUACGGAGACGGCAUUGAGGUGGCGCUCGUCCUCGAGGCUAUGGACUGCGCCCUCAUCGAGAUCUUCAGGGUGUACGGCCAAAUAUGCACAGGCAUCGCGCGAUUCCUCGUCAGCGGCGUUCCCGGACCAGCGAAGCCUUGGAUGCGCAAGGCAGUCGCGGCGGCGGUGGUAAGGAUGCUCUGGCGGGCGGCGGAGCAGAGCGCGCAGCUCGCGUCGUACUUCGAGCUGUGCCGCGGGCUCGGCGUGGUCAACGCGCGCAGGGUCCCGGCGGCGUUCGUGCGCGUGACGAACGAGGACGUCCGGGCCCUCGAGCGGAUCCUCAUGGGCGACGCACAAGACGAAACUAAGGACGAUGAGCAGGGAGAGAAGUCGGCGCCGGUUGACGUGAAGGGCACGGGGUCAGCGUCGACGAUCACCGCGGCGGUGGCGACUGAGUGGGUGGCGUUCGACGAGGAGAAACCAAUCGCCGGCGCGGGCGCAUGCAGCGCGGGAAGUGAGGGGCGCGUCGCUAGUCACUGGAACCCUUUCGUCGUCGCGCCGUUGGACGUCCGGGAAGGCGGGAACUUGAUCGAGCUGUUAUGA